AUGGAGAUGCCCGUGAUGAGGACUCGCACGUCCCUGGCUUGCGCCGACGUUGACCUUGAAACUGCAACUGGCAAGGCAUACUCUCAUACUGAAGAUAAGAGCAAGACUCCCGUAGAAUAUCUGAAGAAGGCUAGCCGCAUGUGGAUGGCGCUCGCGGCCCUGUUGAUCAUAGUAUUCUUCUGCUUGUCUUCUUCAACCUUCAACCGUUCGGCAAAUACUAUGCAGCAGCCCCUACUACCAAGUUCUUCAGCGGAAAACUUUGUAGGGACCGGGAGUUCAGACCCGCUUUUUGCUUUCCACCGACCUGGCGUGUUGGGCCAUUCCCACUCCUCACUGGGGGCACCUCACCACUCACCUGGCAAACACUACUUCCCGCAGCACCAUGUGGCCGAAGACAGUGCACACCAGAAUGUUGUCGGCCAUGAGGGGGGACAAAGUUACGGGGAGUUACUGGAGGGUGAACAGGAAGCGGAAGAUACCCAUGAUUAUGCAGAGGAGGAGGAAGAAGAAGAGUUGCACGCAGAUGACUACCUUGCGGAAAUUCACCCAGAAUAUGUCCACCAUGAUGGGCUUGAUGAUAUGAAGCAACAUCCAGACGAACCGGAGUACAUUGACAUCUGGGAUGGAGUUUCGCACGAAGACCUCCAUCUAUCCGAUGGUAUUCCUGGGCUCAAGACCCCUCUCUUCCGCUUGCCGUUUGUAGAUGGGCAGCACAACGACACGCACGUCAUCGGCGUGCAUGCAAAGAAGGUGUACUUGCCGCGUUUCCUAUCAGUUAACGGCGGUAAGAGGCUUCAGAGUGUUUCAGGCACCUACAAAAUGUACAUGAUCAGGGACGGGAGGCCGAAGCCACACCUGAACCACGGCAGACUUAUUUGGCAAAAGGAGGGACAAAUGUCAUCGAUAUUCUUGUACUACGAUCACAUGCAUCAUACGUGGAUAUUCAACGAACACUUGGACCUGGCGCACCCUCAACCCAUGGCCUUCCUUGCUCACGGAGCCAUUCUUCCCAUUAGAAAAACGAACGAUCACACAUUUAGAAAGUAUGGAGCACCAAAAAGCGUUCAUUGGAUCGUUAGAGACGCAGCCAGUGGGGGUUCUCGACCAGAUGGGACAAUCAAAGUUGAAGCCGACCCGAAACGCAGCGGUGACGAGCAUCUUCAGGCUCUCUUACUGCAAAAAGUCUACCAUGCCCCUGAAGAUGGAACUACUGAAAGCGAAGGAGAUAUUGAUGACUUCGAGCUAUUUAACGAAGAACAUGAGGAGGAAGAACAGGAUGAGGAGGAAAUGGCAGUCGAUGAUCAUGGAGAGCCCGUCGCUCUUCCUCUGGGGGCUCGAAGCUUCCAACAAUUCAUCACUCAUGUGAAGACUAAUGUCUACCACACAUUUGACACGUUGCACGCACGAUAUGACCACAAAGAGAUACUGAAGGAUCCCGUUUCUUUCGUCGAGACCAACCCUCACCCAGACAUGGUGGGGCCUGAGAGGCUGGAUGGCUACUCUCACGGCGUCGUCCCGCAUCCUCUGAGGAAGUCUGCACACGAUGCAGAUGAGCACUGA